AUGCCUAGAUUACGUAAACAAUCAUCUUUGCAACGCCAAAGGCUAUCGACAAAUCGUGUAAAUGAAUACCGCGAACGCAAUCCAUCUGACAGGCUUAGAAAUGCCAUAUCUAUAGCAACAAGGAGGCAAGAUGUCAAUUUCCGGGAAGAAGAACGGGAAAGAGAUCGAGUUUCUCGCCAAUUGAGGAGACAUAACUCAUUUAACCGAAGAGUUGAACAAAUACGCGACGCUGCCCAGCAUUCUCUUCACCGACAAGACGAAACAUAUCGGCAAUUAGAGCGGGAAAGAGAUGCAUUGAAUCACCAAGUGCGUAGACAAGAUGAAUCUUAUAGGCAAAUAGAGCGGGAAAGGGAUGUAUUAAAUCACCAAGUGCGUAGACAAGAUGAAUCUUAUAGGCAAUUAGAGCGUGAAACAGAUACAUUAAAUCACCAAGUGCGUAGACAAGAUGAAUCUUAUAGGCAAAUAGAGCGGGAAAGGGAUGCAUUAAAUCACCAAGAGCGUAGACAAGAUGAAUCUUAUAGGCAAGUAGAGCGUGAAGCAGAUACAUUAAAUCAUCAGGUGCGUAGACGAGAUGAAUCUUAUAGGCAAAUAGAGCGGGAAAGGGAUACAUUAAAUCACCAAGUGCGUAGGCAAGAUGAAACUUACAGACAAAUAGAGCGGGAAACAGAUGCCAUUAACCAUCAAGCUCGUCGUCAGGACGAAACAUACAGAUUGUCUGAGCAACAGAGGAAUACCGCACAACGCUCUGUUCGUCGGGAAGAUGUUUCUCAAAGGCAAGUUGAACGCGAUAGAGAUGCAAUAAGCCACCGAGUGCAUCGCCAGGAUGAAGUUUAUAGACAGUUAGAGCGAGAGAGGGAUGCGUUAAAUCACCAAGUUCGCCGUCAGGACGAAAACGAAGAGUAUAGAGAAAUAGAGCGAGAGAGAGACGCAUUAAGCCACCAUGCUCGUAGGCAAGAUGAAGCUUACAGACAAUUAGAGCGGGAGAGAAAUGCCAUAAGUCAGCAAAUUCGGCGGCAGGAUGAAGUUUAUAGAGAAUUAGAGCGUGAAAGAGACACUAUAAACCAUGAAGUUCGUCGACAGGAUGAAACGUACAGACGACUUGAGCAAGACAGGGAUACUUUUCGUCGUUCCCAACGUAGACGUAAUGAGAACUACAGACAAAUAGAACGUGAAAUGGACUCACAACGUCGCAAUGUGCAAAGACGCGAUAUAACAUAUCGCACAAUCGAACAAGUUCGUAACACUCAACAACGUCGCGAAGCGCGACAAAUUGCUAGUCUUGAAUCUCAAGAGCAGAAUAGGAUUAGAAAUUGUCGUGUGCUAAUCCAUCGGAUGAAUCCUUACAAUCGUGAGGUAGAAAAUAACCGUCAGUCCGAGAGAAAUGCUGUCAUUAGACAGAACCUUUCCCCAGAAUCCCGCAGGGAAAUGUUACAAGCAGACUCCAUAAGACAUAGGUCACGACAAUUGCGCGAGUUCUACGAAUUAAUCAGAAAGGGUCCAACGGAAAUUUGUAUUUGCUGUGGAGGGCUAUGGUUCAUUUCUCAAGUGAAAAACAUAAGAUACAAUCGCCAAUGUGCUGUGAGAGGUGCUGUUGUUAACGUACCAAUUCAGUUAGAUACAACUGUAAACGUACUUCCGCGAGCAGUCAAUCAAACUGAAGUUGUGCAAGUUCACCUUAAACGUAGAUUGCAAUACGAACAUAGUUUCAUGACAGAAACCAUAAGACCAGCAAAGAUUUUCGAAGCCGCAAGAUAUCUAGUAAAUACAGAACUCUACAGAAAGCACAACAUAGUUCUUUCUAAUGAGUGGCUAAAUAGCAUGAAUUGUACAGAAGAAUGUCCUUUUGUUUCUAAUGUGGAAGAUUUAGAGUUGGUAUCCCGAUUAAGUAAUACUAAUUUCAUACAGGAUGAUGUUGAAGAAGUAAAUCCACAAGAAACAUUAUUAGACAAUAAUCCUGUCGAAAAUGUACCAUUGCAGAGAAUUUCCAUUGCUCCUGGUGAGGGACAACGACCAUUAGACAUGCUUUUGGAUGAGGACUCUGAGGAACUGUCCUAUCCUACAAUAUACUGCGGUUUAAAAAGAAAUUGCAAUGCUACAAUUGGUAAAAUUAUUAAGUCCGAGUUUCGACGUUAUGAUAGACGACUGAUGCAAGAAGCUAUGGCUGAAGUUAGGGAUGGCAAUUAUUCAGUAAAAGACAGGCUGCAGCAUAUUGGAAAUAAGUUCAUUAGCGCAUCUGAAGUAUCAGCUCAAGAGGCAUCGUAUAAUAUAUUAGGCAUGAAUUUAUCACAAUGUAGUAGUGCGGAAGUAUUUAUCAAUACGUUUGCUCCAGAGAAACGUGUUCGUAUGAUAAAAUCGAAGCAAGAACUACAAAAUCUUGAAAGAGAUUCAACUAAUAUAUUUAAGGCAAACAUACUUGAUCAUUAUAUCCAACGACCCGAUAUAUUUGAAAAUAUGUGUUUGGCAUACUUCGGUGCAUACUACAGCUUUUCCCGGCAAUUAAAAAAAUCUCGUCAUCAAGAAGAGGAGGAUGAUUUCUUUGAGAACGAUGAUACCAAUUUGGAUCAAGUCGGUGCUCCCAUACGACUAAAAAAUAAUUCAGGAUACGUCUACAAACGUAAAGCGCCCGCAAUAAUAAGAUUUCCUUCUUUCAAACUUGAAACAAAUAAGGAGGACUACAUCCGAUCAUUGGUUAUGCUAUAUUUGCCGUGGAGAAAUGAAGUCGAUGACUUAUUACAAAAUGACAAUGAAAAUACUUGUCUCACCCACAAAAGCACCAUUGAAGAAAAUCGAUUACAAUUUGAGUUAUAUAAGGAAGGAGAACUUGAUGAAAUAUUGUUACAAGUCCAAGAUGAAAAUAACGCCGUAAUCAAUGAUUCUGCUGAUAACAUGUUAGUGUCUCGCAUGCUUGAUGACGAGUUUCGUGCACUAGCAAUCCCCGAAAUUGAUAAUAAUAUCAAUAUUUUGGAAGUUGAUAACAAUAAUGACUCGGAUACUAACGACAACAUCAGAUUUAUAAAGUUACCUCCAUUGGUUAGUGAAAAAGAUCUUCUUACAGACAUAAGGUCCCUAAAUGCUAAACAACGUGCUUACUUGCAUCAUGCUUUGCAUAACGUUGUGAACAAAAAAACAUUCUAUGAAUACAUCGGUGGUGGUGCUGGUGUCGGCAAAAGCCGUUUAAUUAGAGCAAUUUACCAAUCUGUCACUCAUAGACUUAAUUCUAUUCCUGGAAGUAAUCCAGAAAUGCCUAAAGUUCUACUAACAGCACCGACUGGGAAAGCUGCAUUUGGUAUUGGGGGAUCAACUCUACAUGCUCUGUUCUCCCUGCCGAAACCCUUCUUUUCCGGAAACGACCUUUCGACAAUUGCUAUUCGAGUCUCUGAAUGA